AUGUCGCUGGCGGAGGUACGUUCAGCGAGGAGCUCACCAGCUCCGGAGUCCUGCCAGUGUGACGUCAUCGAUGCUUCCGCCUCCGUCACCUCGGAUAUACACAAGUAUCAGGUAGCAUGUACAUGCAAGCCGGGCUCCGUACAGUAUGCCAGCGCGGACGAGCCCGGGCCUUCGCCCCCCGUCAAGACAGACACACCGCCAGCCCUGCCGCCCAGACCAACCACCACGCUCGCCGCUAAUAGAAGAAAUAAUUGUAAUAUAUACAUAACACCUUUACUCUUAUACAUAUUAAUUAUCAGCUUAUAUGUUUCAGGGAUAUCUGACAGACAAACAUAUUAA